AUGGCUCGGGAACACCAUUUGGAUGCGCUUGUCGUUGGGACUGGUUUUGGUGGAAUCUACACCCUCUAUUCCCUUCUCAAGGAGGGUCUGAAUGUGAAAGCCAUCGAUGCGGCCGGUGAUGUCGGUGGGACUUGGUACUGGAACCGAUAUCCUGGUGCCUUAAGCGAUACGUGGAGUCAUCUGUAUCGAUUCCUAUUUGACCACGAGCUUCUGCAAAGCUACCCCUGGAAAAAAUGGUAUCUCACGCAGCCCGAGAUCUUGGAGUAUCUCCGUCACGUCGUGGAGAGAUACGACCUCCGCAAACACAUGCAGUUCAACACUAAGAUGCAAAGCGCGGCGUGGAACGACACGACCAAGACCUGGAAGGUCCAGUGCGAAACAGGCGACGUCUUCCAUGUGCGAUACCUCUUCACAGCGCUUGGACUCCUAGUUAAAGCCCACUACCCCGAUAUCCCCGGGAUGGACAAAUUCAAGGGAAAAAUCAACCACACCUCGGCGUGGAACCCAGGCGUGGACCUCGAGAACAAGCGUGUGGGUGUUGUCGGCGUAGGAUCAUCGGGCGUGCAGGUCGUGACGGCCAUCGCGGACAAGGUUAAAUCUCUUCAUGUAUUCGUCCGACGCCCGCAGUAUACCGUUCCCAGCGGGAAUCGGGAUGUUACGCCGGAGGAACGCGCCCUGGUCAACAAAAAUUAUCCAGCAAUCAUCACCGACGCCCGCACGUCCACCUUUGCUAUGGGGACGCCAGAGUCUACGAGACAGUUCAUGUCACUGUCGCCGGAAGACCGCGAGGAGCUACUGGAGCGGCUGUGGCAGCUGGGGAACGCCUUCCAGUUCAUGUUUGGCGGUUUUUCGGAUAUUGCCACGAAUGAAGCUGCAAAUGAGGAAGUAUGUCGGUUUCUGCGCAAGAAGAUCGCCGGAACUCUAUGGCCGGCGACCCUGUGUGAUGAUGGGUUCUACGAGAAGUUCAACAAGGAGAAUGUCUUUGCGGUGGAUCUCAAGAAGAAUCCUAUUGCGGAGGCUACGCCUAGCGGCAUCCGCAUGGCUGAUGGCACGACCCACGAGCUCGAUGUCAUUAUCUUUGCGACCGGGUUUGAUGCCGUAGAUGGCACCUAUGCGAUGGUUGACAUUCGGGGCCGGGAUGGGAAAAACUUAUAUGAUCUUUGGAAACCCACAGGCCCAAGCACGUACGUAGGAAUGUCUGUGCAUGGGUUCCCAAACCUCCUUCUCGUCAAUGGGCCGCACAUGGCGUUUGCCAAUAUUCCUACGUCAGGGGAGACUAACACCGAAUUUAUUAUGGAUUUGGUCCGACGCGCCGAGGAGAUAUCCAAGCAGACGGGACGUCCGUGCGAAAUCGAAGCCUUAGAAGAGGCCGAGCGUGCAUGGACAGAACGCAGUAGGUCCUCCAUAGCGGGAACAGUGUUUGAGAAGGUUCCUUCUUGGUUAUUGGGGAAGAAUGUCGCUGGGAAGGCUGUGGGGGUGUCGUUUUACUUUGGGGGUCUGGGGACGUUUAGGGCCUAUUUGGCUGACAUAAAAGCUAAAGCCUUCGAAGGCUUCAAGAGCCCUUUAGGUCCAGCGAUUCGGGAAGCACAGCUAUAG